UUGCCGGUGGGGUUGAGUGUUCCCCUGCUCGAGGCAAUCCUUCAAUGCCAGGUUAAUCCGCCGAAAGAGUGGGGUGCGGAGGCGUUGGAGUUGAUUGGAAGGAAGGAUUUGAAGAAUUUGGUUAAGCCUGAUUAUACGGGUUUUGUGCAUGCAGUCAAGGAGAAGGAGCCGGAGGUUAGGGAUAUCAAGACGAUAGUUCAGAGUAUCAACGAAGCUGAGUCGAAGGAGGAAGGGUUGGCUGAGGUUGAUACGAAUGCUGUUACGAGACUUUUGUUCCGCGAGGAUAGGAGGUUGCAAGAGGUUACCAAGCUCCUACGGACAUCGAAGCCGUUGAUUGUGAUUAUGGAUAACCCGCCUGAGAUGAAUGAGCACGACGUCAUGCAAGCGCAACAAAACGCUGCACGGCAGAUUGCGGUUAGGUCUUUGGCUGUACCGACUGGACGGGGGAUGUAUACGUUUAGUUCGAAGGUCCCUGUGUUGACGGAGAAGUUCCCGAUACCGGCGUUUAAUUGGUCGGUUAAGGUCAAGCCGGCGAAUACGGCUGUUACGGUCGAUAAGACGUUUUUGACGGAGGAGAGGUUGGUAUGGGGUUUGUUCCAUAAUGGAGCCGCCGCCGCGUUGAGUAUUUCGAGGGAGACGGAGGGGAUUAACACGAGUUGGAUUGUGUUUAAUAAACCUACAGAGUUGACGGCGAAACAUGCGGGAUUUCUGUUGGGGUUGGGACUGAAUGGGCAUUUGAAGGAUUUGGCGACGUGGCAUGCGUUUAAUUAUUUGACUUCGAAGCAUACGAUGACGAGUAUUGGCUUGUUGCUUGGGUUGGCGGUGAGUUAUCUUGGGACGAUGGAUGCGACGGUUACCAGGUUGUUGAGCGUGCACGUUCUCGCUUUGCUGCCGGCAGGGAGUACGGAGUUAAAUUUGAGUCCGCUCACGCAGACCGCUGGUCUAAUGGGUAUCGGGCUACUGUAUCACGGCACUCAGCAGAGACGGAUGACGGAGGUCAUGCUCGCUGAGAUUGGGAAGAGUGAAGCACAUCAUGGCUUAGCCAACUUCACACGCGAUGAAGGGUAUAGACUCGCUGCUGGGUUCGCAUUGGGAUUCAUCAACCUGGGACAAGGACGCGACUUGAAGGGGUUGAAGGAUCUGAGGAUCGCGGAUAAGCUGAUUACGUACAUGGCAUCGCUUGACGAUGGCGCGGGGUGUAUUGGGUUUAGCACGCCUGGAGCGAUUGUUGCCUUGGCGUUGAUUUGGUUGAAGACGGGUGAUGCGAAUGUCGCGGGGAAGGUGAAUGUACCUGAUACCCAGUCCUUACUGGAUUCGACGCGGCCGGACUUCUUGUUGUUGAGGGUUAUGGCGAAGAAUCUUAUCCUUUGGGACUCGGUAAGGGGUUCGAUGGAGUGGGUCGAUGCGCAGUUGCCAGCUUGUCUGAGGGAACAUGCUGGGUUGCGUCGGACGAGGGUAUUGACGACGGAUGAUUUGUCGUUAUAUAGUAUCAUUGCCGGAGCAUGCUUCAGCAUCGGUCUCCGAUACGCUGGAUCAGGAAACGAGGAAGCACGGCAUACCCUCAUUUACUACCUUGACAGGUACAUGCAAUUGGCCUCUAUGACUGCUGCGAUGCACGAUCAGAAGAUCUGCCGGACCACGGUCCGAAAUUUCCAGGAUGUCAUCGCUGUCAGUGCUGCGUGUGUCAUGGCAGGCACUGGCGACCUCGACGUUAUGCGGCGACUUCGGAGACUGCACAGUCGUGCUGGUGAGGAUGUCGCGUAUGGAAGCCAUAUGGCCGCGCACAUGGGACUCGGGAUCUUGUUCAUGGGUGGAGGACGGUACAGUUUGUCCACCUCGAACUUGGCGAUCGCGAGUUUGUCGGCGGCGUUAUACCCAAUAUGGCCGAAUGCUACGGAUGAUAAUAUGUGUCACUUGCAAGCAUUGAGACAUCUUUGGGUGUUGGCUGCUGAUGCGAGGUGUCUAGUUCCGAGGGAUGUGGAUACGCGGCAGCCGACUGUGUUGCCUGUUAUGAUACCGGUGCAGAGGGAGGACGGGACGGUUGAAGUUGUGCAGAGGACUGCGCCGUGUUUGUUGCCUGAACUUAAGACUGUGCCGGAGGUAUCGUCGGAUAGUAACGAGUUCUGGCCCACGAGGCUGGAUUUGAGGGAUAAUCCGGAUCACCUGAAGAAUUUCCAGAAGUCGCAGACAAUC